GGUUAGGCCUUGGUCACAUUUCCAACCUCUAAGUUUAGUUUCGUAAAAAAACCUCAAAACAAAACAAAAAGGCGAUAAAACGCAAUCAAAGCAACAUUAAUAAACCGAACAGAAGGCAACCAGUGAUAUCUAAACCCAAUUGUAUUGCACACACACACGAAGAGAAACAUAAAUGUGAUGUUUAGUUUAGUAAGCAAACUGCACAAAAAACGCAAAAGAUGAGAGCAAAUCAAUAAUAAUAAUAACAAAAAAGGAAAAGAAGAACGAGCAAACAAGAGAGGAGCAAAAGUCAAUGUGUGCGUGUGAGAAAACAAAAAAAUAAAUUGUUAAUAAAAAUGUGGAAAUCAAGCAAGAAAACAACAACAAAAGCUAAAGCAACAACAAAAACAGCAAGGAGCAGUGCUGCUAGCAGCGACGUCGACGUCAGCGUCGCCGCAUGGAAAGCCCAAAAAACCGCAUGACAAGGAAAUGGAAAAUUUUUGUGCAGCCCCAAAAACCAAAUGUGAACAUAAAAGAAAGUCAAAAAACGAGGCGUUGAGCAAGAGAAAAACAAAACAAAACAUAAAAAAACGUUCGUAUGCGUGUGUUUUCCAAUCUAAAAGAAUAAUAAUAAUAAUAACAGCGGAGGAAGAAACGGCAUUCAAAAAAAUAUAUCGAAUCAGGAAGCAAAAAAAAAAUAAAAGGAAGAAGCAGAAUACAAGAAAUAAUAACUAAAGACGAAGGACAGCUAAACAUUUUUUGGAAGAAGAGGCAAUUAAAAAAACAUAAAUAAAUGUAUUUAAAAUUGCCGCAACGGGAAAGAUAAUAUUUCAAAAUAUUUUUAACACAAGCAGUCGCAACAAAAAUAAAGGAAAAAGCGAUAAACGGAUCUUGAUUUUAGAGUAACACAAGAAGCAGCACCUUUGGCAGCUAAACACAAGAAUAAAUAUAACACGAUAUAAUACAUAGCCGAACGAUCCGUGAACUCAUUAUAAGCAGCUUUAAAGAAAAUAUAAAACCUGUAUAAUAUAUACAUAAUAUAAUAUAAUAUUAUACCGCUGCCAUGGCCAGCAGCGCGACAAACGUCGACGGCGGCAGCGGGACGUCGGCGGCGCUGCCAUCGCUCUUCCCCGCCGUCGGCGCCGCUGCCGGCGUCAAGGAUAUGGACGGACUGAUUGCCAUUAACGAUAGCGCCCUAUCGCAACAGAUCGAAUUUAUACUGCAGGAUGCUCCCAUGGAGCAGGACGACGAUCCUCACCAGAAUUCGCAUUCGCAUGUGCAUCACCAUCAUCAGCACUCGCAUCAUCAUCCCCACUCGCAUUCGCAUCAGCAGCAGCAUCUCCAUCAGCAACAGCAGCAGCAGCAGCAGCAACACCAUCAUCCGCAUCAUCAACUGAAGCUGGAGAACAGCAGCAACAACCACCCACCGACAGCAGCAGCAGCAGUGGCAACAACUGCAACAGCCACUGUGGCAACAGCAGCCGCAUCAACCAACAACAGCGCUUCCUUUAGCAACAACAGCAGCAGCAGCACCAACAGCAAUAGCAAUAACCUCGAAAACCAGCAACAGUUGCUGAUCCAGCAGCAACAGCAGCAACACCAUCUUUUAAAUGGACGCCGCAUUAUUAUCCAGGCUACGGGUAACUCAUCCGUUUUGGCGGCCAGCGAUAUCAAAGAGGAGGACGACGAGGAGGAAGAUCCCGAGUUAAAUGAUGAAAAUCUACAGGAUAUCGAGGAGGAGGCUCAAGCAGCCGAGGCGGAUGAGGAACCCGAGAGCACAACGCAGCAUUUGUCCACACAGGUUAAGCUGGAACUGGAAGACGAUGAGGAAAUGCCCGACGAGGAGGAGGAAGAGGAUGAGGAUGAUGACGAUGAGCAGCAUGCGCAACUGGAGUACCAAAUAAGUGCGGCCCCGCAAUCGGGAGGAGCGACAAGCAGUGCCGGUGGCUCCGCAACAGCCGGUGGAGCACAACAAUUGGUUCAACUGCCCGCCGGGAGUAUUGUGAGCACCACCACCCACCGAUUGUCGGUGCCUGUGACCGAGGCGGCUCUUGUUCAGCUGCAGCGACGACCUGUUUACAUAAGCAACGCUGUGGGUGGUUUAACCGCCGGCACAACGUAUGUGAGAAUGCCAGCGGCGGCCGUUAUCAGCCGAAGUCCCAUGACGGUGCUGAAUGUGGUGCAACAGGCCCUGCCGGCCACCCAGUUGAUAUUGCAAACGCAGCAACAACAGACGCCGGCGGCGGAGCAGCAAUUGGCAUUGGCAUUGGAGCAACAAAGGCAGCAGCAAGAGCAGCAGGCCCAGCAGCAAAGGCAGCAGCAACAAGAACAGCAACGGCAGCAGCAGCAGCAGCAGCAGCAGCAACAACAGCAGGCGCAACAAGAACAGCAGAGACAGCAGCAGCAGCAGCAGCAGGCACAGCAGCAGCAGCAGCAGCAGCAACAAUCGCAGCAACAGCCGCAGCAAACCCAUCCAGUGAAGCAUUCAGCAUCCAGCUCUUCCGCCACUAGCAACAGCAACAGCAAUACAAACACAAACUCCACCAACAGCAGCAGCAGCAACAACAACAAUAACCCUCCGGCGGCUACCGUGACCACCAGUUACCAAUGCGUAGAGUGCGUGGAAAAGUUCGAUUCCAAGGAACUCUUCGACAUCCAUCGCAGUGGACAUGCCAAUAACAUGAAGUGCGCCAUUUGCAACAUGGUGCUAAAGUCUCUAAAGAACUACGAGAAGCACUGCCUGCGCUGCAAGCCGUACGAGUGUCAGAUUUGCGGCAGAGUCGUCCGUUUCCGGCCAAACUUCAUCAAGCACAUGCGUGUGCAUACGGGUCAGCAGUCGGAGCGACACAAGUACAAGUGCGAGGUGUGCCACAAGGAGUUCAUGAGCUUCGAGUACUUCAAGGUGCACAAGAAGAUCCACAAUGAGAAUGUGAAUCUGACAUGCGAGAUAUGCGGAAAGGUGUUCAGUGCUCUGGCAUCGCUGCGAGGGCAUUCGAAGCUGCAUUCGGGGGUCAAGCUGCACAAAUGUGACGUAUGCGGCAAGGGCUUCGGGCAGAGAUAUAACCUUAAAAUCCACGCCAGGACGCACACGGGAGACUUCCCCUUCGAGUGCAAGAUCUGCAAGAAGAAACUGCACACGCAGUCCUCACUGCAGACACACAUGCAGGUCCAUCUGAGGGAUCAACCUGCAGCCACUGCAGCAGCUUCGACAGCCGGAGCAGCCUCCUCGAAGGCUAGCAAUAGCAGCAACUCGAGCAACAGCAGCAACUCCAGCAGCAGCAAUUCAAGCAGCAAUAGCGGCACGGCGGCGGGGGCGGCGGUGGUGGCAACAACGAUUGUCAAGCUGGAGCCGCCGCAAGAGAUGGAGAGGCCCGGCACGAGCAGCAACCAGCAGCUGCAGCAGCAACACCACCAGCACCAAAUGGAACUGGACGAACAGUCGGGACUGAGCGGGGAUGACGAGGAUGGCAGCGGCGGCGGUUUGAACUCCUCCUCGCACAUUGUUAAUGCAACCACCAAUCGCUUGACCACCGGCGAGGACUCAUCGGAGUCCUCGAAUGCCUCGCUACACCUGAACCAGCACUCCUCCACCUCAUCCUCGCCAGCCUCGCAGCACCAAAUGUCGCAGCAGCAGGUGCAGCAGCAAUAUCUCGUUUCGGCGCCCACGCGUACGAUUGUCAUUAAAAACUACAUGCAGCAGGGAUCCCAUCAGCAGCAGCAGCAGCAACAGACCUCCGAUCCAACGCCCGUGCUGCAUGCCCAGGUCAUCCAGAGCGGUGCAGGCACCAGCAACGGCAGCGGCAACAACUCCUCCACCACCAACAGCAGCAGCAGCAACAACAACAACAACAGCAGCAGCAGCAGCAACAUUGUUACCAGCAACACCAGCGGCAAUCUGAGCAAUGGCUCGCAGUUGAUACGAAAGACGCCCAUCAUUCAUCAUUCAACCAACAGCAGCGGUGGGUCAGCGCUGACCAGUGUGGUGCAGCAGACUGGUGUUAUUUCGCCCGCUCAGUCGCCAUCGUCAUCCUCGACCUCCUGCUCCUCAUCCACGGUACUGGUGUCCAAGGCCACCGGUGUGCCCCUAUCCAUUGCUUCCUCGGCAGCGGCUGCUCUCGGAGGCUCCACGAUUAUACGCAGCACGAGGAACCAUCAACAGCAGCAGCAGCAGCAACAACAAGCCCAACAACAACAGCAGCCGGUGACGCAGCGCAACAACCACCGAAAUCACCACCGACGUCGUCAUCUGGCGGACAUGGAUGACGAUGAAGAUGAGGACGACGAUCAGCAACAGCAGCAACAGCAGCAGCAGCAUACGCACCAAACCCAACAGCAGCAUCACCAUCAUCACAAUCAUCAUCAUCACAACCAUCACAAUCAUCACUUCGAUGACGAUGAUGACGAUGAGAAAUCAUCACCGUCCCUGGCCACUGCGGCCAUAAUCAAAGUGGAACCGAAUCUAUAUUCCUCGGGCUCCGGCGACAAUUCCAACGAUAUGUUUAUCAAGGAGGAGGUGAUGUUUGAGGAUUCGGCUGCCCUGCAUUCCCCACAGUCGCCGCCUAGCUCGAAAUUCCGUAUCUCCAACUUUGAUAGUGAUUUGGUUGAUCAUCAUGUGGAUCUGAAUCAUUCGCUGCCGCCGUAUGGCAAUCUUGAACCGCAUUCGAUACCAGAUAGCAUCCCUGUGCAGCUAUAUCCGGAUGAUGACGAUGACUUCCGGCUGGACCAUAGUUCGCUGGGUGGACUGCACAACACAACGUCAUCGUCAACCACCGAUGGGGACUUUAUUAAGAAGGAAUGGGUCUACGGCACCGGCACCAGUUCCUAUGCCAUGAAUGGCAAGUUUGAUGACGACAGCGAUGCCCUGUGCGAUGCGGCCAAUUUUAUUUACAACUGAGUGCAGGCAGCCGCUGCCGUUGUGGUGGAUCAUCGUUAUCGUCAUUGUCAUGUGAAACGAAAGAGGAAUCCGCGUCGUCCGGUGAAACAAGAGCAGGAGCAGGAGCAGGAGCAGGAGGAGGAGGAGGAGGACGACGACGACGACGACAAGAAUCAGCAGCAGCAAAAGGUGGAAAAGCGGAGCGUGGAUGAGGAACAGGAACAGGAUCAUCAACGCAAUGUCCUGCGCCGCGUCCACGAUGCAGCCAUGUGGAGCUGAGGAUUCGGUUAACCCAGAUUCAUAGCUGUACGACAUAUAUGUUUUAUAUAUGUCCCCCCCCUCGAACCCCCCUACAUAUACCAUAUAACCCCACACCACACCACACCACACACAAAACACAACCAAGAGGGUGAAUCGAUUUGCGUAGGGUGCAAAAACCUGUUCAUGAACAAUUCUAACUAAUUUCGCUGUAAAAACUUUGGAGCUAAUAACGUUUUUGAGCUCGAGUUGCUUGAAACCGAAAAUGGUUCAA